AUGAACGUGUUCACAUUGGUUCUGACAAGAGGUAAUGCUGUUCUUCAUUUGAGGUUAUAUUUACUGGUGUGGCCAUGCGUGAUUUCGCUGCUUGUUUGGUUUCUGUGGUACAGCUUGGUCUUUAUAAACGUUGCACACGGACAGUGCGAGACCUUUCGUCACUACGCACGUGGUACAACCUACCCUAACAACAAAGAGAGCAUUCGCGAGGACAGGGGUUUUUUGGAACUUUCUAUAGACACUUCUAAUGAUUCUGGAAGUGACGAGUUUGCUCGUUGGAAGUGGCAGGUUGAUGGAUCGUACAAGCUAAUGAGGUUUCAAUUGUACAGCAUAGAAACCGGUGAUGUUUUCUUGAACUGCAGCUACGAAUCACAGGACCUCAUCGGCCCUUGCUGUGAGCUUCCUAGCAAUCCACACACAAAUUCCUCAUUUCCAAAAGAAUGCACUGAUGCCAUCUAUGUUGUCAAUAGUCAGCAGCAAAACUACGAACUGGUGUACGGGAACAGACAUCACUCCGAACUGUUCAUUAAUAUUAUAGCACACAUCCAUAUAAACAGACCUGAGGGUCUCAAGGUGUUCACCCGUGCAUCGCUUGCUGAAGAUUUUCAUACCUGCGGUGAACUAGCUAAAACAAAUCCCUGGAGAGGAUACUUACCAGACAAUGAUAUUCUGGAACGUGAGUACCACUAUGUGAAUCGAUCUCUGUGGCAAACAGUUAUAAGCCCUCAAAACACAUUCAAGCUCAUCUUCCACGGAUGGACAGUUCACAAAAUGGGUGUCCGAGUAUUUGUAUACUCCCUUCACGGAUAUUCCAAAGAUCCAUUGGACACAAUACGGCGAGAACUUUCGGCUGCACCUAAGACCGCUGUGGUCCCUUUGGAUGUUUCUCAUUAUACGGAGCGUGUGCAGACUACAGGAAGCUUCUCAAAGUACUUCAGGAGCAUCACCAUCAGCCUGAAUAUCAAUUAUUUGACGCGCGCCGUUCUCGUAACUUCUGGUCUAGUUACACGCAAAGAUAUGGCAAUGAUUGACAGGGUAAUGUAUGACUUGCUCCGUGGUAGGCAAGCUGAGACCAGGUGGCCAACAAAAAGUCCUCCAGGAAUUCGUCUUUAUCGGGUGCUUAAACAGUUCGAAAAGCACGUAAUUGUGCCUUAUGGGACUACGAUAGAGUUUGAUGUGAAGGAAGGUUAUUAUCUUAACUAUCCUGAGUGCUUUGUCUCAAAUUUCAACGGUGAGGGAGUCGUGAAGUUGUCGUCAUCUACAGACUUUGAAAUGUACGGUAUGGGUGCAACCACGAUCACAAUCAGUUCGUGUCAUCCGGCCCACAGCGCAUUAUACACUUGUGGUUAUGGAGGAAAAAAAUAUUUUGUUGGCCUUCCGCGUAUUUGCUUGCCCAGAGGAGCCGAUUAUCAUCAGUAUGUGCUAUCCGUAUCGAACGAUCGGAACGUGCAAUGGAAAGAUCGGUUUAAGUAUUACGAUUUUUCCGGGGCGGUCUACAUUCCGGAGGGUGCUCAAGUCGUAAUCACAUGCAAUAAAGUCAUCGGACAUAGGAUGGAUAAUUACGGAGAAGAAAGUCUUUUUCACACAGUUGCUGGCACUUCCGAGCCGCUUCCUUUUGAGCGCGUCAGGAGGACAAUGAGUACGCAUAAAUACAACGAUGGAGCACAUUUAUAUUACAACAUGGCCGAAAUCUACCAUAUCUGGAGUGUAAACCGGAUGGGAAAACUUACAAAACACCAUGUUGUAUGCCGAUUUCGUUAUCGUUACAUUCCAGAGCUAGUGCGAUUAUCACCUCGGGCAAGCUGGCAAAUAACGUUGACCGCUAACCGAACGAAGCUCAUAUCCGCCUACGGUAAAAAGCCGCUCAUUGUGGCUGACCACUGCCGAUAUAGCGAUGCAUCUGUUCAACGCAUUCUUCGUCGGCCUGAAGCAGCUGAUCCAAAACUGGCCGGAUUUACAACACUGUUGCGCCCAAGUGGAAAAACCGAAGAAGGGAUCUACAACGGUUCUUUCAUUACCUUUCACGCACUCUUGAUCGCCAACAUAUCGGUGUGGACAGUAGAUCGAGAAACUCGAAGUAACCUGAUUCGGCAUGAAUGUUCGAUGUCCAGCAAUCAAAUUAAGAGAAAGCAACAUGGAUACCUUACCAAAACGGUGGAAUUUGAAAGAGCUCAGACACUGGUUGCUUCACUUGUACAGUUUACCUGCGUUCUAAGUGUACAUACUGUUGGAGUGGUACUUAACGUGCAGCACCGCCAUGCAAACACUACCGAUAGUGGGGUGAUUAGACGGCUGUACACGCAGUCACUGCUUAGCGUUGUGCAACAUCGUCUUCAGGGCAUUCCAGCUUCCAAUGUAUCCUUCAUUCAUGAUCCUGUUGGUUCCUCAAGUGCAUUUCGUUUCAGCAGAGUGAGUUUGGGGUGGAUGGCCACCUUGAAAGUGGGCCAACGUAUAAGCUUGAUCAAAUCAGUGGUCAGAGUGAACUGCUCCUAUCGAUUUGAGGCUAACCACACCUUAUCUGUGAUGCCCGAGGGCUAUAGCGAACGUCGUCUUGGUAAACUGCUCGAAAUUUAUCACUCAAAUGCCUUGCAUGCACAUUCCGGACUAUACAUUUGUAGUAUAGGAGGACGCGGGUUGACUACCCGCCGACUGGCAGUUUUACCAGAGUCUUCCCAGUUAAGUAUAAAAAUACAAUAUGAGCACAUCCUUAGUCAAAACAACAAAAUACCAAACGUGCUGUCAGCGCAGCCGAUUAAUGUUACCUGUUCAGUUUGGCUUCACGUUGGCUUCGUUGUCGACCCCAUAUUCAUCGUUGAUUUUAUCAGCGUGUUCAACGGGAACAAAACCAUUCCUUUGACUGUGAAAACUGUGACCCAAAAACCCAGCAUAACUAGACAGUUAGAAAAAUAUGUUGCUGUUCAACAAUUUGAAGUAGUUGCACCGAAUCCGGUCCAUUGCGGCAAAGUAUCCCGCAUCACAUGUCGCCUGGUCCUACGUGAUUUCGAACGGGAUGUAUCCGACUUGUCCGAUAUUCCAUCGGAGGUAGAAUUAAAGCAAUCAGUCGAAAUUAAUGUCACAGAGCGCCUGCAACCUCAGAUAAUUUUGCAAAUGUCAGCAUCGGACUGUGUGGCUUUGCACAAUGGCAUGAAAGACUCACGGUCGACAAAUGCAACACAAAUGUUGAUGAGAAGUCAGCGUAACGCCCCAAAUGAGACAGUGGAGACGGUUUUUGUUGAGGAUAUUUGCCACUUAGAGUACAUUGCUUUUUACGGUAUUCCCGAAGGUCAACUACUGAUAUGGUUGGUUCGUCGAACAACGACUGACACGCUAAAGUUGGACGAAUGCUUGACCGAGAAGACGUCCGUGCUUGGCAGUGCUAUGUACAAAAGUCUUCCAAUUUACCGUGAGAGCAAAGCUAGAUAUGGUUUCAAGGCCGAAUGCGUGACGGCUUUUCUGCCGGAGCACGUUGGAAUAUUUGCCGUAGUUUUGAAUGCUUACGACCAUACACGUUCUGUUACAGAAGAAACGCGUGCAAUAAAGCCAGUUGUGCGUGGGUGGUUUGAACGUUAUUAUGGCUUAAAGAGUUCUACUCAAAAAGAAGCUGAAUUAUUAUGGCAUUCAUUUAGAACUAAACCGCAGCACCAUAUCGUACGAUUCCGGGUAUAUCGGCAGGCCAUCAUUCGUGCAGGUGAUGAGAUUAAGAUUCUGGGACUUAAAGGACCACAAGCUGCAAUGAAAUUUGAGUGCAGCUUCCAGAGUGCUGAUGGUUCGCUUGAGAUUGCCGUUCCGAAGCGGUUUCAAUUACAAAGGACACGUUACCCAGGUAGCUUUUUACUUUACACAGAAACCUCAUAUUUGUCUGAUUCUGGGAGCUACAAGUGUUUGAAUAAGUCCUGUCCGGGAUGCCCCGUCGAAGAUGUGUUUCCUCCGAGGAAUGUCAUUGUUCUUCCAAACGACAUCAUGUUGGGGUUGGAUCUGAGCUACAGGAAGCUACGUGCAAAUGAUACUAUCGCACAUUCUGUGAAACUCCCAAAAUUAUCGACGGCUUAUCCUGACCAGCUAGUGAAUGUCAGAUGCACCCAUAGGGUAUCAAGUAUUGAAAAACUCUGGCCCAAAGUCAUACUGAAUAGUGAAGAGAUAAGAAACCGACACAAAACCGUCUCUAAAGAACCCGAGCUUGUUUUCGAUUUUGUGCACAGGUCUAAUAACGGCACAGAACUGUAUCGUGUAUUCAGUUUUACAUUUUUCACAGCUCUACCGGAAGCAAAAUACGAUCUAACCUGUGUAUUCCUAUUCGAAAACGUGACUGUAACGCAAGUAGAUCAUAACGGUUCUUUCAUAACACCAAUGCUUACUAAGAGUGCAACGAUUAAAGUAAACGGGACACUUUCUCCAGUCAUAUUUAAUAGACAUUUGCGGUCAAAACCAACACAACUUAUGGAGAAUUUAAACCAUCAAGGAGAAAGUGAAAUCAGCUCAAUAAUGUUCCAUCAAACAGGCUCCAAGAACCGCCUUGAAGAGACCAAUGCCCAGCUUUAUAUUGUUCAUCACGGAGGGUACCCAACUGGUCAUCUCCGCGUAUGGUCUUUCUACAAUAUUGAAGAGGAAAAACAAGUGUAUGCGGAGGACUGCUAUGCCAUCAGUGAUGUCAAUCUUGACGAGACAGAAGUAGAAGCGCUACCAGCAGACAUUAGGGAUCAUGUUCGGUUCAGUCAGUCAGCGGGGGUUGGUUAUAAAAACGCCAGUUUUGUGUGCACACUGCAAAUACAUCAUGUCGCGAUUGUUGCGUUUGCGUGUCAGAAGAAAGUGCAACAUUCCGGGCGACAACAUGAUAACUGUUUUCUUACAGCCAGACAGAGCUUAGUGCACCACAUUAGCUCAUUUCUUGUCAACCCGGUUAAUAACAAACCACGUUCCGUGUCAGUACCGAAAGACUACGCUUACACCUUCCGAAUACAGAAAGUUAAGCUUGGAUGGCACGGAUCUGUCUAUCCAAACGAAACGUGGCAUAUGUUGCUGUCCUACAAUGUGCUGUCUGAUAAACCGUCUGGACGUGAAAGAUACUUCAGGAUUUACUUUCACACUCCCGGUAGUAGUCAUGCUUCACUGGUUGAGCAGCGUAUUACUGACAGUCUGGAAUACUACACGAGCAAAAGAUCAACUUAUUCGGAUUCUGGUUUCUAUUAUGCUGAGGUCACCCAUUGUAUGAAGGGCUGUCCAGUUCUUCGAAUUGCACAUAAACGAAAACUGAUGGUUAUUCCUCAACCUGAUAUACUGUCGGCAUGUUUACUGCACAGGCGAUUUUCUUCAGUUGAUUUUGACUUGCUACAAGCAUGCUCCCAAUCGACUGCAACGGUUCAAUCAAGCGCGCUGUUUUAUCUAGAGAAGUACUAUAUUUAUUGUGUGAUGAGGGUUAUUGCGGCUUGGGAGUCUCUGUAUAGUUUGAACUUCGAGUUGACAGAAGGUACCGCUUCAGGACUUAGGAACUUUCCUCAUUUGAAGCUGGGCUCACUGACUAGUCCGAAAGGCUUCGUCAUCCUGCUAUUUCAAGUGAUUGGUCCUGAUCCGAUUGAGCACCCGGGACCUUUGAAUGCGACUUGUAAGGUUACGUUCAGGGAAAGUGAUUUUUUUGAGGAUGUUGACCUGCGUACUCCGAAACGUAUAGAACCUAUUUCGAAAUCAGUACUUAUUCUCGUUAACCACACAAGUGCUCCCAUAAUUUUUGUUCAGUCGGCGCAAAGUGUACAGUCAGAGCUGCAAAGUGCUAUCCGAAAGUCGGCGAUCAGGCCGAACCACACCGCUGUCAGAUUUCACACCUCCGGUGCAGGAAUGACUAAUAAGAUUCAGGAGAGCCCGUUAACGGUAUCGCAACUAAUUUAUUUGGGCGUCCCGACAGGUCGGGUAUUCAUCAGACUCUAUUUCCAAUCUCAGCAUAACAACAAGAUAUUCGCGGAACAGAUGCAUGCGUGUGAAACUAUAAUGACAAAAUACUUGUCAUCAGUUGAAAUCCCUGGAACGCUGAAACUUCACCAAUCAUAUAUAGACUCCAGCGGUAUCGGUUACAUUAACCAUUCGUUUUCAUGUGCCAUCCGGGCAGAGCACGUCGCACUCGCUAUGGUCGUUUAUAACGUGCACUCAACUAAUCGGAACCUCUCAACUCUGGAUCAUGAACUGAGGAUGACCAGUAAGAUAGGCGAAACUAUUCAAUACUGGAUGGACCAGCCAGCCAGCGGUGCACCAUCCAAAGUUCUGCCCUGGACGGAUAUCUUAGCGAGUUAUAGUAUAAUCAAACUUCACAUGGGAUGGAACGCAUCGGUGGCGGUCGGUUCACCUGCGAAUAUGCUUGGAACAGUCCCAAUUGGCGCUUAUAAUCUGUACUGCUUUUAUAGAAAAGACAAGACGUUGGUCAAUGUAACGGGUCGUUUUCAAUUACUUCGAACAGCUCUGAAGCAUACCUAUCAUUUCCAGUUGUCAAAAGUCACAUUCGCAGAUUCUGGAAUAUAUGGAUGUAAUGGGACACAAAGCGGUCUAAGUUUUGUUAUUUUUGGACCGCGCAUGCUGGUUGUCCUACCCAACCAGUAUCCCGUCUCCGUUUUGCUAAAUGAGCGACCACUGGGCCCCAGAGAUGCCUGGGUGGACGACCAGCUCACAGUGGUUGGUAACCGUUCGGUAGCCAUCGUCUUCAGUGACUCGACGACCUUUCUGCAUUGCCUAUUUGAACUGCCUUCAAGCUCUGUUUGGGAAUCCGAGCCAGGUUUACAGUUCACCACGGCUGAAGAAAACCAUGGAUUGAAACACAAAUCUUUCAGCAUACACAGAAACAUAACGCACGAGUUGCAUCCUCACUCAAUCCAUAUUCCCAAAGCAUUCCAACUCAGCAGCCUCAUCAGGGUGAGUUGCACAGUUUCCUACACGUUACAGGUUGUGAAUCCUUACGACUUAAAUGAACCAGCUUCAUAUAUUCAAAAGAAGGCUGAGCUGAUUUUGUCAGUAAAAGCAGCCGUCCGUCCUAACUUAUUCACAGAAUUUUUCCAGUCCGAUAUGCCAGCACUUCGGACCUCAUUCAGGGCGAUAAAAAAGCAAGCAGAAACCGCCACUGAAUUUCACAAAACACAGUUCGGACCCCCUCAGUUAGAAAAAAUUGUUAAAUUUAGCCUUCUCGUUUCCUUAGGGUUUCCUCGUGGGAAAGUCACUGCCUGGUCUUUAUUUAAACACUCUAAAGAUGAACGUUUAUUGGUUGGUGAAUGUGACCUAACACAUAUACAACCGAUUGUCGGGUCUAGUGUCCCAGAUGAAUUGCGGACAGACGAUGCUUACAGGAAUUCGGAAUGGCGUAACUUUGUAAAUACUUCAUUCGUAUGUGUCCUCCGGCCUGAGCACCUGUCAAUCCUGAUUUUGGCCUACACUGCACCCAAAGACGUACUCCAAAAUGUCCAUACCCUGCAACGCAUUAGAUCAAAUCUGAAUAAAAAUGUUCGGCAUUGGUUGCUUCAUCCAACAGACAGGACAAAGUUGGAUUUCUAUUGUCCGUUCAACACCCUUGCCACAUAUCGUGUGUCAAAAGUUAACAUUGGUUGGCAGGCAUCAGUAGCUUCUGGCAGUGCAGUUUUCAUGUUGGGGUCAGGAGUUGGAAGAGAAGAACAAACAAAAAUGGACUGUUUCUACCAGCCAAAUGCUUCGUACGCACCAGUCCUGAUCUCCGGAGGAUGGUUCAGUUAUUCAGUCCAAAUUGGUAAGCGCAAGUAUCUCUGGCUUAAUAACUCACAAGUAGAUUGUCGUGAUUCCGGGAUCUAUCAGUGCCGCCUAAAAAUGCUAGAUACGGUAAAUGACCUCAAUUUUUCCGUAGGAUUUGAACCUCGUCAGCUAUUCGUUAAACCGGAUCACUCGUUAAUACGUGUACUGGUUACGAGGGAACAACCUGUGCUAUCACAAGAUCGACUGUUCGACCAGGCCACUGAUGGGACAAACCCUGCUAUAGUCCCAUCUAAUAGCACCAGUUAUAUUACUUGUUUCUAUUCGCACCUUCAUGCCUAUCCGACACAACUAAGAUAUCGUUUUACCUGCGGAAUGCUGAGUGAAAGAACUGCCGACUUAAGCCCUAUUAAUUCAGAAGCAGUUGGAAAGGAAGUAUCUCAAACUUUGAACGGAGAAACCCGAUAUUUGAAGACUUGGAGGAUCAGUAUACCUCCAUCUAGAGACAUAGUGGGUUUCAUACAAGCUACGUGUUACGCAGACUAUUUCAAUAUGACACCACCAAAUAACGACAUAAAUCAAGCUGAACUGGAGUACACCAUAAAAGUGCACCAAAUCGUAACAGUUGAAUUCAGGAUACCGUCCGUCCUAUUUGAGAAAUAUAUUCGGAUGAGUAACCCUGCAUUAGAGAAUAUGAUCAGGCGUCAAAGUGCUGGUUCAGUAAAAAGUGCACUAGAUUUCUUCAGAAGUGGUCCUACCCAGUGUGUCUUGGAGGGUAUACUCCGCACUGACAUUCUGAGUGCUCUAGGAAAGCCCAGGGGUAACGUAUAUGUCUAUGUUCUAUAUACACACAGAAAUCAAACUCGUGUGGCUGAGUGUAUCCAACUGAAUGUGAGGAAUUUGACGAAACGAGACAUUCCUCACGACGUUCAACAGAGUAGCUUCUACAAAGAUGCACGUGGCGAGAAUUUCAUUCGGAUUUCCACUGCAUGCCCACUGACACCCAUUCACAUAGGUCUGCUUGUUAUAUCCAUGACCAUAUUCACCCCUGGAGUAACGCCGCAAGUGUUAAGGCAUACGUUCCUCUCAUCGCUCCGCAAACAUAUUGACCAGUGGCUUGCGCGGCCAUCCAGCUCAACACAAGCGGAAUUCGAUUCAAUGGCAGACACUUCUAUCGACUAUCGAUUGAUGCAUCUGUGCGCCCGUAGCCGUGCCACAGUCUUGGCUGGUUCUCCGAUUGUUGUGUUUGGACUGUUAGGACCAGGAGGUGACGGUCAACCGCAAUGUUAUCACCAGCGGGCUGUCGUCUUACUCGACGGACCUGGGCACAAACAACAACGUACUUUGGUUGCCGUGGAUGAGGCUGAUGGGAAUAGAUCCAGCUUUCGCAUAUACACAAACCGCACUACGGCCACUUUUGAACUGAUCAAACUAGAUGCGGAGCCGCUUGAUGCGGGCUUUUACCAGUGUUAUGUUGAACAGUGUCCUCAAUGUGGAGUCCAUCACAAAGCUGUGGCUAGGCUAAGACAGGUGAUUGUUUUACAAAACCCAUUGGUAAUGAGGCUUAACUUGAGUAUACCCUUCUAUGAACGUCUGACGGGCGAUUUACUAACAACCAGUCAAGAUCCAGGAGAUACUGGUUUGGUCACAAUACGUAGUCUCACCGUGUAUCCAAAACAGCGACUCACAGCUUCAUGCCAAUUUCAGUCGCUGUCAUUGGAUUGGAUGCAUCCUGUCGUUCAACUACGUCACAAGCAUCGUAGUGAGAAACUGCAAAACAAAUCGUUACAUGUAUCCUUUCUUCGAGAGCGAAAUACCGUAGACCUAAAACCAGAUAGGAUAGACUUAAUAAGUAUCGACCAUGAAAUACUGGUGCCAUCAAAAACCAAUGAUGCCAUCGAUCAUUAUGAGGUAGCGUGUCAUUUCAGUGUUUCCCAUCUAACCACCGAAGAUGACAUCAACACGAUGAAAAACUUUGUGACGCUCGAUUUUAUUGCGAUCCUGAUUGUCGCUGAACUCUACCACCCUGCCAUCAAAGAAGAUUCAGUCACCACGUCCCAUAAAGCACUCACUAAGCGUCUGCAAUCGCCAUCAGCAACACAAUCUACACGUUGGAGGCUGCUUUUAGAACAGACAGAGUUGUUGGAACGUAUUCCUGAAGGACCAUUACAUGGAAGCUAUUUGGUUGAGCUGGGCAGUCCGAUGGGAUGGACUGGUGCAUGGCUUAUUUACAACUAUUCAAAAACCAUUGAAAAAGAUGUGUGCCACACAACUAUUCAGUCUCGGUUUUCACCUGAUUCGGCUACUCAGAAAGUGGAAGGUCCCAACUGGCAGCAUGUCGAUUUUGUCUGUCCGCUGAAUUUAGAUCAUCGUGCCAUCCUUGUAUACGCAAUGCAUACAUUAAAAACGGGAAAUUCGGUAGAUGAAUACGAACAACACCUGUUGACAACCCUGCAGUCCACAAUCAGGGGCUGGCUAGGGUUCGCGGAUAAAUUAAACAUGAACGGUACUGAUGACAAUGUGACAUUCGGCUGUUGCUGCACGGGAGUAUACCGGUUCAGCUGGCUGCGCGUCGGUUGGCAUGCUUCAGUCCCGCUAGGCACACCAAUACGCAUGUAUGGUCGCCUGAGUACGUCAGUGGGCCAGCUCCCAUCAUGUACUUUUGCAACAGCUCUUCGGCAGUUUGAAGUAGAUACAAAGUUUAAGAUACGGUCCUCACGAACGAUGGCAUACUUUGAACUGCUCAAAGAGGUGGCGGAUUUUGCUGAUACGGGCUAUUACACCUGUAGCUCAAUCAAUCAUCAGAAUAAAGGAGUGAUAGGAUUCACCCGCAGACAUCUUGUGGUACUGCCGAACCAUUCAUUGGUUAAGUUGCUGUUGCAUCCAAUUCAGGAUCCUAUUUCGCACUGUACAGUCCGUUCAGGUGAUCCAACCAGAAAGCGAUUUACAUAUAGUUGCAUUUAUCCCAUAGCGAAGGGUGCCGAACGUUCAGCUGCUUCCAUUAUCUCACACAUGAAAGGGUACCCAUCACCUGCGGAUCAGUUACGCUUCAAACCGAAGCGGGUGUCAACACAUUAUGAGGACUACCGUAGCUUUCGCUCUGUGAAUAAAACAUUCGUCAUUGAAAUACCGACAGUCAUCGAAGAGGUCAGACGGUGGCGCGUGGCAUGCGAAGUGAAGUACUCCAAAAUAUGCGUGGAGUUCGACAUGGUAGACUGCGUACCACAUCAGAAGUUUACAAAAACACGAUCCAUUUCAAUAACUGUGGAACGUAAACCACGCAUUCUUUCGAACACGAUAAACACUUCUCCCACUUUUCUCAUUAAAUACCUUAGGAUUCCGUCAACCCUCUACUCGAAUGAUUUGGCGGUAAAGAGCGAGUGGCAAACAAACGAUGAGUUGAUUCCGGAAGGACAAAUUCAAGUUACUUUUGAGGCCGACGUUGGUGAUCCUCAGGGAUGGGUAUUAGUCUGGUUAGUUUACGAAUCAGAUGGAGUUCUGUACCAAGACACAUGUUCUUCAGUGAGGAUAGAUGGGCGCAGUCAGAUGCAAGAAGUUAAAGCACAUUGCCUGGUGCAGUUCGCGCAUGUUGCUCUGUUCAUUGCUGCUGUUCACGACCCGACUGAGGAACAGGCGGAAUACUCUGUAGAGGCUGGAGUUCGGCAACAUUUGCUAGCCAAUAUGAGUAGAUGGUUUUUGGACCUAGAGUCUUCUAAUGAAGCCCAAGAACAAGCUAAGCCCUACUGUUUGGGAAUUGACUACCGCAUUGCACCUCUCCACGUAGAAUGGCUCAGUGUCGUUCAGUUGGACAAUCCAGUACAAAUGUUUGGACGACGAGAUGAGCGAGGAAUAGAUGGACUAGUGUGUUAUCACAGUACACAGGUGCAAGAAUCAGACGUAGGCACACUGAUUCCGUUACACUUCCGUCUUGAGUCCGACAACGCUACAAUGCAGUUUCAGCUUCGCACAGAACAUGUUCAGGAUACGGACACAGGCUACUAUCGCUGUACACCAGCUGACAGGCGCCGUGGGUAUGACAGUGUUGGCUUGCUUAGGCGUUAUCUCCAUGUUCUUCCUCGAGUGCAUUGCAACGUGACGGUGGUUGACACGGAAGUGGAUAGGGGCCAUGCACCAGAAACUUUACCGAACGGAACUAUCUACGUUUUUCCUGGUCAGCUUAUCCACUUUCAAUGUAUUUUCAACCAAAGCAGGGCUUUUCCUUACUAUGCAACCUACGGUUUACAGUAUGAUACACUUGAUAGACAGACCGGAACAUGGAAGCCAGUUGCCCAUCCUAAAAACUCCACUGUCCUUAGUCAGAUAGACGGUGAGAAUCAGACUAUCAUUAUUUUCACAGUACCUGUGCUCCAGGCAAGAGACGAUGCCUCUGCAAUGCGGAUAAGUUGUGUAGCUACGUACGAAAUUGAAGAGACUAGAGUGGCCAGUGUGAGGGUGAAGAAACAUAAUGCCUCCUGUUCGCAGACGCUUGUUAUUUUCGAACCGGCAAACGGGGAGCUUGAAAUCAAAACGCUGACGAAAUCAUUUCCAAGCAGACCUGUUCCAAUCGGGUCCAGGUUCGAAUGCACGGGUGGUUAUGGCUUGCCUUCCUUAGAAUAUCGAUGGGUUCGCCAAAGGUCACCGAACUACGGUGUGAAUGGCACAAGUAACAUAUCUGAAGAAUAUGCUAGCUUACUGCCAACAGACUUUGGUGGAUGGGGUGGCCCAGACAAACCAAUGUUAGACAUGCCGGAGCAUGGUCUCCAGGUGGAUGGAGCAGUUCUUCAAGUUCCACCUGAUCCAACUUAUCGAGGAAUGAGUUUUUUGUAUACAUGUUACGGUACAAAUGAAAUAGUAGGAAGAGUGUACUCGAUCAACAAAACUAUUCAUUUGACAGUUUCUAUGUGCCCGACUAGUCGCGUCAAACUUGAUUUGACGGUGGAAACCAGCCCAAAAUUGUUAUCCUGCUGUGCCAUCUCUCCAAAUCCAGAUCCCGAAAUCCAAUUUUAUGGUUACUAUUUCCUUUCUUUCGUUCGUCAAAUUGUGCUGAGCCUUCCUCUUGAAUGGGAUCGAGUGCGAAUUAGUAUACUUCGAGGUGAUGUCACUGCACCAGCAGCAAAUGAUGGUGGGAAAUAUUAUUCAAAAUCCAUUUCUUUGUCCCAAAAUCUUCCUAGGACCAAGUUGGCCAAAUGGCUGUAUUCCAAAGAGAACAAGCCUAGAACAGACAGGACUGCUCGUUCAUCUCUGCCGAUGUCCUUGGAACAAAUCGUCAUUGCACUGAAUAGAUUGAACCCCGUUAAACAAAAAUCAACCCAUGUGGUUCUGCUCACUUUUGACAGCCUUGUUUCGGUCAAUUUGUCCAGAAUUGGAAUGCGAACGCUUGCCGAACUUCACAGAACUAGGAAGCUUCAAUUUGUGCUGUCUUGGGUGCACGCGAACAAUGAAAAAUUCGGUCCACUUGAGGUCCAUAUGAAUAAAUUGCUGAAACCCAUCAAGGUGGCCCAUAUCUUACCGCGAUUUCAAGGCACUAAUCAAUGUGAUACUUGCAAUUUUCCGUUAAACAGCAAUGAUCUGAGGAUAAGGAGGUCGGAUGUAUUUGAGGUAAUAUGCGAACGUGGACAUGUCCAGUCCCCGAAAAAUCUGACCACACCUCUUAUUGUAACUUCAGUACCUGAAAAUCAAUGGAUAGCUGGGACGAAUGUGUAUGUUUCCUGUAUCACCAACUAUACGAACGUCACAUACGCAGGCUUUCGGUUUCUCAAUCAGCUCACCUUGUGUUUAACCGAUUCGACCACACUGAACCGAUUAAUCAACAGGACGACGAUAACCAAUGCAACUGUGCAACAACUAGAGGAUACUUGUGUGAUGAAGUUGAGCACAACCAACCCUGCUGAUGACUCGGCAGUUCUUUCCAGUAUGAUCAGUGUUGUUGGGAGAGUCAGAAUCAACGGCGCUGAUGCGCAAAAUACAUCGAAUUACCAAUUAACGCUGUGUUAUGAACGCUUGGGUGAGGUCGAUCCGGAGCUGUUCGAUGCCACCAUAUACUCUACGCUACCACUAAAACCUGUCGAAGUGACCAUCGGUGCCCCGAAUCUCACGGUUGUUUGGUGGUCAGGAUUGAGGGAACGGGUUGCUGUAUUCCAAUGCACAUUCUUCGGCUUCGUCAGUGACCUCGAGGCUGUGUUACUGUUCAGAUUAACCAAGGAUGCUGCUGAUGGAUCCUAUUUUAUUGGAGCUCGAGCAACACCCAGACCAUUUGGACCCCUGUUUACUGAAGGUGUCAGCCGGCUUUUGUGGUUAGAACCCGCUACUCAGGAAGAAUUUGUCGAUUUUUGCUGUUUGAUAUGGCCGAAAUCUGUUGCCAUUUUUAAGAACCAAAUCACUUUGACCGAGAUUCCUUUUCAACUUAGUUCGGUUAACAUCGGCUGCACAUUCAACCGCACGCGCCUUAAUUCCGACUGUCCAGUAAGUCCGACAAUCACUUUGGAUCCUGACUUGAACGAAACUCAUUUGCAGUCGAAACCAGACUCAUUGCUUGCUGCGUGCAUCUUGCCAGCCACCACGCUUGCAGUACCACUGAAGAUGUACUUUUUAUCAUCGGAGCGUUUCGCCGGUAUGUGCAAUAUAGGCUCAGGGGAUAUGAAGGGAAACGAGACAGUAACAAUUCCUUGUGAAGUUGCCAGUGAAGAAGACACGAAUUGUACACAACUCGUCACUAGGAACGAUUUGUCAGGUCAUACUGCAGGCUUUUCUUUCACCUGUUCGAUGAGUCGGCAGCCUGGUUCACAUUACUGGUUUAGACAUAUUGAGCUAAAGAUUGAUGAAGUUACAUACAAGGAUUUAAAUGGUCGUUUGUUCUGCGAAGCCCUUCCGGACCCAGCAGUUUUUCCAAAUGUUCAUCCCCGACUAACCAGCCCGGUGAAGAAAGUCAUCUACCGUAUACCUCCAACAAUCGAUCGUUUCGUAUACAAUUCGGAAGGAGAAAUAUGGGAAUGCUUUGGAUUCGAGUAUCCCACCUCUGAAACAAAGAGAAUUGAAGUAGUAAAGGCAAGCCCUAUCGAGAGAGCAGAACGCAUGAAAACCUUCCGGAGCACAAGCUCCAAGUUUACCGUUCCCCUGAAGGGUGCCACACACCUGCCAAGAAAUAGUGCAAAGUUUAAUGUUGCCCACAACUGGAACGUUACGCUGUCUCCACGCCCAGCGAUACUUCCGGUGUUCGAGGACAGCAUUAUCACGCUACGUUGCAUCUUCGGCACAGAACACAAGGAACUGACGAUCACCAUACCUAGUAUGAAACCCCCUGUGCAAGCCGGAGGCAGGGAAACUAUCAACUGUCUUUUGCAGCAUGAGGUUGGGGACCCAAUUAGACAAAUAAUCCUGCAGCGUCGACUGCAUUCAUCCUGGUUAGAUUACACUGUUACAGUCGGAAUCAUAAGCACCAUCCAGUGGACAGGAAACGGCUGGUUCUUAGUGGCAGAGGAAGAGUUGCAACUGCGUACGUUUGGACCAUGGAUAUAUAACAGUCCACAAGUCCAGUUGGCCAUUGAACAUUUUUCAACUCAGAUGGUGGCGUCCCUAACUGUUAUUGGUACAAGCGAAUUUGAUAGCGGCGAGUUCUACUGCACAGGAUCAACUAUUCGUGGAGUUUAUGUCCACCAAGAUCCAACUGCAAUCACUUUGCUCGGGAAUCAAAACGAUUUCGUCAUAGCACAGCGACUGGUACAGAGAGAAAAUCUGUGGUCCACCUCUCUGCCGGUCGUGCUCGUUGAAGAUGUCAUCCAGACCAGGUGUACCGUUUGGACCACAAAUCCAGGGUACCGUUUCCCUUCCACAUUCCAACUGAUUCCAUUCGAUCUGCCGGUGCACUACAACCGUACCAUGUAUACAGAAGCCCAACGAAAUUCUCUGAUCGUUCGCACAGCAGACCAGUACCAUAUGGCAAUCUCAGGUCUAACUCCAAAUCAAACACGAAAAUGGGUUGGCUGCAGAGUUCAACAGUCUGGUGGUCCAGUGAAAGAAAAGUGGAUAGCUCACCCACACGUUACUUGCGAAUCACCCAAAGAAUUGUACUGGGAACCACAGAGCCAUACAAGUUACACACGUUCUGUUCGAUUGCAAUGUCGAUCAACAGGAGGAUGUGCAAAUCUCCGAUAUUGGUGGGAAUGGACUGCAGGACCUCUGCCACAAGCCACUUUGGAUGCAGCGGAAAUGUCAAACGUGACACAUGCCUGUCACAAUGAAUAUCUCCUCUUGGACCGCCUACCCAGAGCAGGGCCGUAUGUAUUCCGAUGUAUGGCAUCUUGCUGGUGUGGUGAAACUCAUUUGACCAGCAAAGUAACUGUCACCUUCUUCUUGGUAGAGGACGAUCAAGCUGAUGAUAUUCUUGAAGGUUUAGCAAAUAGGACACGAGUUGGAAUCCCUGUGGACCCUGAUGCAUCCGAAACUGAAAUAAAGCGGCCAUUGGACCCGCUCACAGAAGACUUGGAGGAACGCAAGACUGAUAUACGCGAGGACUUCGAAGGAAAAGAAACAAAGGCUGCCAUGAUAGGACCGGAGUGGCCACACUACUGCCGCCAAACAGCUGAAGGAGAUUAUUUAUGUGUAGCCCACGAACUAGAUCGGCUUGAAAGCCGUCAGCCAGAUUCACUGGAUGGCUGGGCUUUUCCUUUACCAACAGAAGCUGAUUCUCAUAAAUUGGAAAGGAAGCCGGAAUACCCUGUUGACCGCGUCCAAAAAUCGAAACACAUAACGGAUGAAACACUGUUGCGCCAGAUGUAUGAACAAUAUACCUUAAAUCGACGUGAUGACUACAGACUGGUUCUUGAGCACCGGAAACACUGGUUGCUAGAUCAGUCGAUCGCCCUAAGGCCUGAUAUUUAUCUACCGGCUUACCAAGAAAACUUUCGUUUAUUGGAUGAUGUUCAAGUGGAAUGGGGAGGCAAAUGGACUGAAAAGAGUGAACGUCUGACAAAGUUAGAAAAAACGAACAAAACCAUAUGUUUGGACUUUGAAGGAAAGAGAAUAGUGUGUACAGCUAGGCUAGUCUCCGAAACAGGAAAACUGCUGGAAGAAAGAGAAAUAGUUGAGUAUCCUUUUUGUGAUGCACACUGCCGUAGGCUUAGACUUCAGAACUCAAUGAAUGAUUCACUGAGUGCGUUUGCGGAAUUCCAAGCUAGGACUGAUAAUUUGAGAUCGCUGAAGGAGAAACAAAACCUAAGUCAACGCAUCGGGGCGAUGGGUUUGAGUUGGCCAAUGGAAAAAAGUGAACGAGAAACUGAAGUCUUGGGUGCUACUGGAAGACCAGGAAAUCACUACCAAACGCAUGGCAGGUCAUCAAGAAAAGCCAUGUCCAGUGCAACAAAUAAGUUUGAACUAUCUGGUAAAGUGGACUUUACAGAAGUCCACAUCGUUCCACCAAUUGUCGUCCUACCCGGAACCGCAACGGUGUUAUGCCCAGAGUUUCCGUACAGGAAGACAUCGCCCAAUUUCAGACCAGUUAGAGUGUACUGGAGACACGCGCAUUCUUUGAAUGACCUGUAUAACCAAGAAAUAGUAUACGAGACGUCCCUUUUGGUGCGAGACACUAGGAGUGGUUCUCCAAGAUACAAUAAUCCGGACCGUGUCUUCGCCUAUCCACCGCAUCGCUGGUCUAAUGCGUACACACUCGAUAUUAAACCACUGCACAUAGGAGACUACGGUUUUUAUGGAUGCACAACCACAGUGAUGAGUAGUCGCUCAAAUUCAGGCUACUUAAAUUUCACGAGGGUCUCUCCUGUUCCACUGUGUGUUGUCCCCGAGACCAAAGACGUCAACCCACCCUCGCUCUACUUGGCCGAUGAGUAUGUUGGUGUACUCCAAGAAUCUUCACGGGGAAUGAAGUCUGUCGACGCCGGUAGCUGUCUUGCUGCUGGAACUCUUAUCCUGGUCCGCUGUGAAUCGGUUCCAAUGCAGAUGUUUUGUGAGAGGAAGGAUAUGCUGAACUUUGGACAGCGUUUGAUUCGUACUGAGUUGACUGCAAGCAUUCGGUUCACUGCAGAAGGUCAGCCGUCGCGUACGAUAACACUCAGUGAGGGGCAUGAGGUAUCGGAGUCAAAGAUUGCAGAUUCAGAGGACGAGUCAGUUGAUGCUCAUGAAAUCAUGGCUCUUCCCAAGGUAAUCCGGGAAUGGUUCGUAAGAUUGACUCCAGAAUUUGGAGGCGCUCAGCUGAGUUGUACAGCUAGACCACAGUUAACGAACGAACACACGCUACCUGUUUCAACCUAUUGGUUAUGGCUAGUAAAGCAGUUUGUGAAACGCGAGAUUGGUUUAAAAUCAGCCCGUCAGUCUUUAUUCAGUAGUUCACUGUGUGUGGUUCCGAAAAGAGGCCAACUAGUAAUUCAACCGAAAUUGGUCAUUUCAGAAGUGCAUCCUAUAGGAGUCGCAGUCGCUGAGGUUGGACACACUAUACAAUGCAGCGUUGGGUACGCCGGCAUCACCCACCCAGUUAUCCAAGUGUACCGGAUACAACGGUCACAACUGAGGCGAAUGUUCACCCACUCGAGACAUGAAUUUCUGCAAAGCUUAGCUAGGCCCUUAAACUGGCCGAAGCAGGAGACGCCCUAUUUCGCACGCCUUCUAAUUGCAGAAGAAGCACAAGCCGAGGAGACCUAUUACGUUCGCUGUUCCAUUGAGCGAGAAAACAUGGAAACAGACUUUAUCAUUGAAAUACAGGCAACACAGGACAAAUUUUGGAGUGGUUCGUUGUCCAUUCUUACUCCGUGCUUGGCCAUUGGCCUGACGGUAUUGGUGCUGAUGGAGAUAUCGGUCUGUUGGUGUUGGCUGAUCAGUCGGAGGCGUCGGUUGCUGUUCAGUCAGGUUGAUGACUUGGAACUCGGAUUGGCACUAUCAAAGUGAUCGAGGGGGCAUACAAACAAGAGACGCCUAAAAACAGUUUCGUGUCUGUUCGUUGCUGAUCCGAAUCCAGAGGGGAUGUAGUCAUCCUCGGUAAAGAAAAUAUUGCGUGCCUGCGGACCCUCCGCAAUGAAUCGAUGUUUGGCCGUCAAUCUGGUACGGAUUAAAAGCUGACCGAACUUCAGCAUAUUCUUCCUCUCAUAAAACAACUGUAUUGGAACCGAUUCACAGCGGAGCAGGGUUUGAUGUCCACUGAUAAGACUAUACUGAAGCCGUCUAACUUCGGAUUCUUGCCCAAUUGCUACAAGUCAUACCAUGUGCAUCCACAAUACUAAGACAUACUGUUGUGAUAACCCUGGACGGAUGAACACAAAGCAACGCAACAGGCCAACUAUGACCGAAAUAUCACCAAACUAUGUCACCCAGGCAUGCAAAGUCAAAGCGUUCUGUUCCGAAAUUCCAUUGGUGCGUUGUCAAAUACAUAGAAUGUUGUCUGAUGAUGUUAUAAAUUGGGAACUACAUCUGGAGCAGGCCUAAUCUUCCCAUUCAAUCUCCCAUUCAUCUCCAGUAAAACGAUAGGAAUGUCACUCAACAAUGGACCAAGACGACAACCCAUGGCGACUUCAUCGAUUUGUCAGUAAAAUGUGGAAUUAAAUUGAAAUUAAAUUGUAAGUGUACGUUGAAACCAUAGUGAAGAAGUAGUCCCUUUAAGGAGAUGAGCAGUUGGAUUGUGAAAUCCAAUGAGUCGGUAUAAACACAAAGUUUGUAGUCUCCAAGAGUGGGACUUGGUAAAAAAAAACUUACGUUAAAAAACACAAAUUUGGAACCAAUAUCAACAUCUUUUAUCAGCUCCAGAAACUCAGUGUCAUGGAUACUGGCACAAAUGUCGGCGUAAGGGUUCUACAGUCUGGACCAACCAUUGGGCAGUUGCGUGAUAUGGGGAAUUACACAUCCAAAAUCAGUCUCAAUAGAACACAUUUCUCACGAACCAUAAAUCGGCCGAGCUAUGACUGCUCCGGAUUGCCACCCGACUGGAAGACUGGUGUGCGCAUUCGUGACCAGUUAACGAGCAUGACACAAAACAACUAUAAUAGGUGAAAUCAAGCACGGACAUGUUUUGUUUGAACACGAGGUCGGGUGUCGCAGCGAAUAGACACACGGAGAAAUACAGACCCACCAAGGUGGGCGCACGUGAUAGCGCAUGACUUGAUGCAUCUCCCACCGUGGGAAGAUACUCAUUAGUAGCGUUGCUUCCUUGCAGUUCAAACCCAACCUUCUUUUUGGGCUUUGGCAACCUAGUGGUAUCCCAGCCCCCGCCCCUACUUCCGCUGUCACGAGAGCUAGGCACAGAAAUGGUGCUACAGCUGGAGGAUCUUUUUUUCUUUGUGGGGUUCAUACAAAAGCACUGGCACGAGUCCGUCAAGAAUGUCUGGCUUCAGAAGCCACGGUGUGCUUGGCUUCACAGUCCUCUUCUGUAUUUUGGAUAGUCCCCCUGAGUGCUUCGAAUGCAUCCGAAGGAACAUCAAGCGAAAGGUUAUUGUAUCCGGUGACACUAACAGAUGUAGUUGUGUAGCAUGGUCAAAUGCGCUUGAUGAUACAUGUUUGCAUAUUGUUUCCAACUACAGGUUCAUAAAUUAUAUCUCCCAGGCGAUAAUUCACAAUACCAGGAACCACUAUUCGUUUAUGGCCUUGAAGGAUAGGCAGAUCUACAGAGCAGCCCGGCGAAACACCCGCAGAUUUGCUUCGUGAUGUUGCUUGAACUGACAGUCUGCUUUUUUGUUGCAUUUUACUCUUGUGGAACUAGUUGUGGUCUGUGUUGUUCCAACUCUGCAACUAAGAAACGCCUCCAGUGGUG